AAGACCGUUCUUGCAUAGCUCUUGUGCAGCACACGCAAAAUAGCUAUGUUGCAACAGAAGACCACUGCGUAACCCGCGAGACGACCGAGCAGCUGACUAAAUGCGAAUUAGCGAAAAAAAAUUUGCGAGUUCUUCAUCAUCUCGGCAGAAAGCGCAGACGUGUCGGUGUUGAUCGUGUGCUGUGUAUACUUACCUACAUCACCUUAUCUGUGCCUCCUCGUAGAGCUUCUCGUUGUCGUUGAAGCCUUGUAAUUCUAAAAGACCUUCUUCUUGUUGCUGUUGAGCACUUGACUUGUACCACAAAAAAAAAAAAUCGUCACGUGAAUAAAAAUGACCGCAAGCAAAGAGACAUCCCAGGCCUACAUGCAGGUCGUAGUGCCCAAGAAUUGCAAACCCGGCUCUACCUUCAAUGUCAAGACACCCGACAAACAGUGGAUGCAGGUACGUAGCUUUUCGCUUCUGUGCUUCAGGAGGACUUGGAAAAGGCCAAACUUUGUGGUGAAAUUGCAAAAUCAUAAAUCAAAGUUUAUCAGCAACAGCUAGUACAGCUUGCUGUGCUUCGACUUAUAUUUGAACAGGAACCGCAAUAAAACAAGUCCGACCGCAGUUGGUACCACUACAAAACAUGCUUGAAUCUUUUUUCGCACGAACAGGUCACCGUUCCAGCGGGCGCCAAGCCCAAGCAAAAAUUGGUUAUGGCUUACGAGCCACUGAACAGCAAUGUGACGUCUUCUAGUUCCUCCAAAAGUACAACACCCUCCGCCCGCGACGACAACAAAUCACAGAGUUCAUCUUCCGCCCGCUCCAGGUCAAGGUCCCAGAAAUCUUCUGCCGGUGAGCGAAGUACAAGUACUAGCACCUCUCUCCAACAUAAGACGACCAAAAAGCAAGCCGCGAGCGACGAGUUUCUCGAGGAGCAACGAUUGGCCUACGAGGCACUUCAGGACAAGUACAUGCAGAAGCAGAAGGAGUCUGUGGUGGUGGAAGUCCCGGUAAAUGCCAAGUCGGGGGAUUUGGUGCAGGUGAGGGUCAGAGGGGGGCAGUUACUGCAAUUUCCCGUGCCGGAGGGAUUGGACAGGGAACAGAGGUUUGUGAACAUGGAAUACGAAAGUCAUGUCAAGAAAAUUUGACGCAAUCUUCCAGAGAGAUGAGGAAGAAGACCAAAUUUCGAAAUGAAAUCUUUGAUGUUUCGCAUGAUUGGAAAUUAUAGCAGGGACGCGUCUCGUUUCCGUGCGACCUUGCUCGUGCAUGUGAGUGUCCGCAGAGUAGAUGCGCUGUUGAUCGAACAUAACGAAUAAAAGAU